CAGAAGAAUUCUAAUAAAGCAAAAUCUUAGAAACAGCUCUAUAUAAAUACCACUUGCAUAGAUUUGUUAUCAAAACAUCAAUCGAAUUUCAGGUUUAAAUAAAUCAAAAUCUCUACAAUCUACUUUCAAGCAAUCCUCGUAGUUCUGUUACAAGAAGAAAAUAUCAACAUCGAUGGCUUUCAGAGUAAUUGGUUUCAACGAUCCAAUUUUCUCAGGUCUUCAAGACAUGCUCGGCGUAUCAGAUCAUGAAGUUGAAAAAUCAUCAUCGAACACACCAUCAACAAAAUACGUCAGAGAUGCUAAAGCAAUGGCAGCAACCCCAGCUGAUAUCAAGGAGUACCCAGACUCAUAUGUGUUUGUACUUGAUAUGCCAGGGCUGAAAUCAGAGGAAAUCAAAGUGCACGUUGAAGAUAAUAAUGUUCUUGUUGUGACCGGAAUGCGGCAAAGGGAAGACGAAAAGGAGAAAGAAGUUAAAUAUGUAAGGAUGGAAAGAAGAAUUGGGAAAUUUAUGAGGAAAUUUAUAUUACCUGAAAAUGCAAAUCUUGAUGCAAUUUCAGCUGUUUGUGUUGAUGGUGUUCUUACUAUCACUGUUCAGAAAUUGCCUCCACCUGAACCUAAGAAGCCUAGGACUAUUCAGGUUCAAGUUGCCUAAGAAAAUGGUGUGUCAUGCCGGAGCAAGAUUUCCGUAGAUGUAUGUUUGAACUUUGAAAUGACUCUUUCUCUGUGCGUUUUACUUUGUUUUAGAACUUUUAGUGGUCUAUGGUGUACUUUUAAUUAAAAAUAAAUAAAAUUUAAGUUCAUCUUGAAA